UUUUUUUUUUUUUUUUUUGGCAAAGAGGGGAGAAUGAGAAGACCCUUUAGUCCAUAAAUGUAAAACAAAUACACCUUCACCCCCUCAUAUUUUAUUUUUAUUACACCCAUUUACGAGAGGCUAGUCAAACUUGAUAACCUCACCGUCGAAUCUCCACCUCCGACAACCGUCUCUCCGGCGACUCAACAUCCUUUCAAACCGUCUGGUUCUGUCAUCUCCCACACCUAAACCACAAACUCAUACACAUACCGGUAAUUAAUUAUGACUAAUCGGACUGUUACCGUAUGGAUAGUAGCCAUAGUAUCCUUCGUAGUGCUCAUGUUCGUUACUCCGUCAAUUCCUCAAGAUCAAGAGUAUCACGAUUUCGCCGAUCAACGUCAAUUCUUCGGCAUGCCUAAUGCUCUGAAUGUCAUUUCAAAUGUGCCUUUCUUCAUUAUUGGUGUCAUAGGGCUCGUACUUUGCUAUUAUAAAAACUUCUUCAAGUUAAGUCUGCAAGGUGAGCUUUGUGGUUGGACAUUCUUUUACAUUGGUGUGGCUGCUGUUGGUUUUGGAUCCUCGUAUUAUCAUCUUGAACCAAAUGAUGCUCGUCUUGUUUGGGAUCGUUUGCCUAUGACCAUUGCCUUCACUUCAAUUAUUGCGAUAUUUAUCAUUGAAAGAAUCGAUGAGCGAAAGGGAACAUACUCUAUAAUUCCGUUGCUUUUGGUUGGUGCAGUAAGCAUUUUGUACUGGAGGUUUUUUGAUGAUCUCCGACCAUACGCCUUGGUCCAAUUUGUACCUUGCAUUGCCAUUCCUUUGAUGGCCAUCAUGCUACCUCCAAUGUAUACACAUUCGUCAUAUUGGCUAUGGGCUGCAGGAUUUUAUCUUCUAGCUAAGGUUGAAGAAGCCAUUGAUGAUACAAUCUAUGAAUGGACUAAUCAUAUAGUUAGUGGACACACUCUCAAGCAUCUGUGCGCUGCAAUGGUUCCCGUAUUCUUAACACUUAUGCUUGCAAAGAGGGAUAUCGUUGCCGAGAGGAUAAGCUUGUUGCAAGUAUGGAAAAUAUCAUGGACCAAAUACAAACGAAAUGGUGUGGUGACCGAGAAUGAAACAAUUACAUACUCAACUGUUCCUGUCGAAGAGUCCCGUGAAUGAUCUUGCCUUUUUUACUUACACAACUCGUUUCGAGAUUAAACGUUCUGAAACGUUUAGAAAAUGGAAACACAGACAUGCUGAUAAUUUCGUUGCCCUGACAUCUCGGCUUUUGAAUAGUUAGUUAUGUAACUGUUGAUGUAUGUAAGUUCCAUUAUGGUUUUCCAAUAUAGUCUGUUAAUAUGCGAAUGAUGUAAACAUAUCGAUAGAAAUCACUUUGUCCAAAAUGCUA